AAGAAGAGAAAAAGUAAGAAACUGCCAUUUCUUCACCAGCUGCUGUUUUUACCAGGCUACCAGCCAACUCUGCCAAAAUCUCUCUUUCCAAACAAAUCCAGCAUCAUUAUACGUUCCUGAAUUCCUCAGUUUUGUCAAUUAGGGUUUUCAAUCAUAACUAAAUUCCAUUCAUGAGGCCAAUAAGGCUACCGGAACCACCAGGCCCUCCUACGGGCGUGCCGGAUAUCUUCGAAACCGGCGCUAAUAGCGUUAUAAGACGCGCCGUCAUUAUUGGCAACGGUUUUCCCGGUUCAGAGAACCAGAGCAUCGGUUUGGUUCGCGCUCUCGGGCUCUCUGAUAAUCAAGUCUUAUAUCGAGUUACGAGACCAAGAGGAGGAGUUAAUGAAUGGUUACACUGGCUUCCGGUUUCUCUUCACAAGAAGUUGGAUUAUAUUGUAAGGCAAAUAUAUAAUUACUGGCGGCUCGUGAUUGCUGUUCGAGGGAGAAAACUGUCGGCUUUUCCUUCGGAGAAUGGUGGAAGUGUGGGUUUAUCAGCGGUUUUAGAAGCUGAUGUGAAGCAGAUAGUCAAUAUGGCUCGCGAGACUUACGAAAAGCAUGGUCCUUUAUUGGUGGUUGCUUCUGGCAGAGAUACUAUUUCUGUUGCCAGCUCUAUAAAACGAUUAGCAUCUGAAAAUGUUUUUGUUGUUCAGAUACAGCAUCCAAGGUCACAUUUGAACAGGUUUGACCUGGUGAUCACUCCACGCCAUGAUUAUUAUCCUUUGACUCCUCAAGGACAACAGAAGGUUCCUCGGUUUCUUCGGAAGUGGAUUACUCCACGUGAACCUCCUGAUGGGCAUGUGGUUUUGACUGUGGGAGCUUUGCAUCAAAUUGAUUAUGCUGCACUUCGAACUGCUGCUACCAUGUGGCAUGAUGAAUUUGCACAUCUGCCGAAGCCCUUACUGGUGGUUAACAUUGGAGGACCAACAAGCUGCUGUCGUUAUGGAGCUGAACUUGCAAAGCAGCUAACUGCCAGUCUACUUAGCGUGCUUGAUACAUGUGGGAGUGUCAGAAUAUCUUUCUCAAAUAGGACACCUGAAAAGGUUUCAUACAUAAUAAUCAAAGAACUCAAAAAUAAUCCAAAAGUUUAUAUCUGGGAUGGUGAAGAGCCAAAUCCACAUAUGGGACAUUUAGCUUGGGCAGAUGCAUUUGUCAUUACAGCAGAUUCAGUCAGUAUGAUAAGUGAGGCAUGCAGCACUGGGAAACCAGUAUAUGUUAUGGGAUCUGAGCGUUGUACAUGGAAGUUGUCCGACUUUCACAAAUCUUUGAGUGAGCGAGGGGUGGUCCGGCCAUUUACAGGUUCUGAAGAUAUUUCAGAGAACUGGUGCUACCCUCCUCUUAAUGACACUGCAGAAGCUGCUCGUCGGGUGCGUGAGGCACUUGCUGAGCGUGGACUGAGUCUACGGCCAUAGAAUGUGUUUAUAGUUGCUGUAACAAAUUCGUAACACUUGUAUUUCAUUUGAAAAGGAAUCCACUUAAAUUUAGGUUUGUCGAGUAGCACACACAAGACCAACUGCGAUUUCCAUAGAUUUUAUAGCAAUUCUUUUCCCAAUUGGCUUUUUGGGCAAUGAAAUAUGUAAAAUAAAAGCUAUAGCUUGAAUAGUGCGGCUUGUAUUAUAGGAAGAGUGGCAGGCUUCUUUUUCUUUAUACCCUCCGUUCAGCUCUGCUGAAGGUCUUUCUGAUUGGCGCACAGUAUCCAGUCUGAAAAUAAUUUUUUGUAAUUAAACUGGUUUACUUGAUUGUGAUCAACUUAUGCACCUGAAAAGAAAGUGCAAUGAAAUGAAAUUCGAUUUCAAAGCUUUA